GCAGUCAUCUGUACUGUCCGCAGUCUCUGGUCAUCCCUGUGCUGUCCGCAGUCUCUGGUCAUCCCUGUGCUGUUCGCAGUCUCUGGUCAUCCCUGUACUGUGUCCGCAGUCUCUGGUCAUCCCCUGUACUGUGUCCGCAGUCUCUGGUCAUCCCCUGUACUGUGUCCGCAGUCUCUGGUCAUCCCCUGUACUGUGUCCGCAGUCUCUGGUCAUCCCCUGUACUGUGUCCGCAGUCUCUGGUCAUCUCCUGUACUGUGUCCGCAGUCUCUGGUCAUCUCCUGUACUUAUGUCUGCAGUCUCUGGUCAUCUCCUGUACUGUGCCCGCAGUCUCUGGUCAUCUCCUGUACUGUGUCCGCAGUCUCUGGUCAUCCCCUGUACUGUGUCCGCAGUCUCUGGUCAUCCCCUGUACUAUGUCCGCAGUCUCUGGUCAUCCCCUGUACUGUGUCCCCAGUCUCUGGUCAUCCCCUGUACUGUGUCCGCAGUCUCUGGUCAUCCCCUGUACUGUGCCCGCAGUCUCUGGUCAUCCCCUGUACUGUGUCCGCAGUCUCUGGUCAUCUCCUGUACUGUGUCCGCAGUCUCUGGUCUGGUCAUCUCCUGUACUGUGUCUUCAGUCUC